GACCAUGACAACGGAUCCGUGAAAACGAGCCAAAGAAGCCAUGCCGUCCCAACGACGAACGGCAAUCCCUGAUUGAACUCAAAUCGAUUAUCUUCAAUACCCUCUACAGCUAGACGAUACAGAAAGGAAAAACGAACGCCCAGAAACAGAGUAUGACACGUCGAUUUAAUGGAACAUUCCUGGUCUGGGGGAUUCUUCUCGUGGGAUGGUCCCAAGGGUAUACUUGGUCGAUGGAUACCAACGCUGCCUUUGGUUCCAGACGAUGCGUGACAAUAAAACCUACCGAUCGAUAUCACUCAUGUCGGCCGAGCAGACAUCCCUCGUAUCGGCAACGAGUCGUGACGCCGUCACUCGAUCGAUCCAAUACGGCUCGAAAGGUUGUUUCCGAUUCUACCCGACAAACAGACCUCCCCCCAUCAUACCAAAUGAUCAGACGAGUAUCAAUGCUUCCGAAUCUCGAGUGCUAAAGCUAUCGGUCUGGUCUGGAACAAUACAACCCGCGUUGCUGGCCCUCUUGGGGUCCUUUCUAGCGGCGCUACUACUCCUCGCUUGGGAAGAUGUCACCUGUUCCUUGGUACUACCCUCCCGUUCCCGAACCUCACUUCCCGUCAACAACGUUUGGGCCGCAUCAACCAUUCGUGGCAUGGGUUUUGGUGCCUCCGAACGAGCCCAGAUUCAACAACAGCUACAAGACGAAGCUUUCUCUUCGACCGGGACCGACUCGGACAUCGAUUCGUUGCUGGAAACGUCCUUGCUUUCGUACAACGAAGUCAUGGAAACCCACCGCACCGAACGUGUCGCUCGCUGGAAAUCACACCCUAGCAAUGACAACGUCGACGCAAUUCCGUCCUCGAUUCACGUUCUCGUCGCAUGCUGGCAGCAAAUUGCGACUCUCCGUGCUUUGGCCAACGACUACCAGUGGGAUACGAUUCGGUCCCAACUCCGGUCCGCACCCUGGACUGACCUGGAACCGGCCGCCUCGAGUUUGCGCCAAUACCAGUACCGCACCGCGCGUGUGGUCGUUACCAAGGAUGACGACGUCAUUGGCUUCGACUGGGGCUCCUGUGCCUGGCGACACUGCGGCGCCCUCGCCGAUGUCGUGGAAGCGUCCGACGAACUCGACACCCUGCUCGGUGUAUUGGAACCACUCGAGGCUAACUUUUGUUUGGACGUCAUGGAGCGGAGUUUGCGCGAUAUGCUGACCGUUUUGCCCUGGACACUGGCGCGACCGGACGACGCCGCCAUUUACGCACGGUUGCCCACCUAUCAACCGCACCGUGUAUUCGAUCCAGAAGACGAAUUGGAAGAAGGGGAAGUUGACCCACGACUAGACGAUGCAUACUUGCAAGCCUUGCAAGAUCUGCGUAUUGACUAA